GACCAGAGCGCGAUAGUCCCUGCGAUAGUCCCCUGCCUGCCCGUUGCCCGUUGCGCGCACAUGGGCGCUUCAUCUGCCAUGACAUCCACCCACUCACACCCAACAGGGCCAUGUUGCCUGGUCUGGUGGGUGUAUCAUAUCCGGCGCCACGACUCGCUAGUGCUGAGCUUGGCCGCCCCUGUUUCUUCUAUCGCCCUGCAGCACUCUGCAGUCUAUAUAAGACGGCCCCCGUCCGCCAUGGAUCAUCGCAUUGGACUCCUCGUCGUCGCCCUGUAACACUCCUUUGUCUGUGGUCUGCGCCCUUCUGUUGAACGCCCGGCGAAAAGCAACGGUGUCCCCUUCUUCCAUUCCUUCAGAGCCCUUAUUUUGCAGAGGAGAAAUCCCCUCGAGCUGGUCUACCAGAGGUCCCUUGCCCCCCGCCCUCCUCUGUCUCCCCCAUUGAUUUGUUGAGAAUCGCAUCGCAAUGCGCUCUACUACUCUUUCCCUCCUUUCGGCCCUUGGCCUCACGGCGCAGCUCAGCGCGGCCACCUACUCCCUCGAGGAGGACUAUGCCACCUCGAACUUCUUCGAGAAAUUCACCUUCUACACGGAGGCCGAUCCCACCGCCGGCUUCGUCGACUAUGUCAGCGAAAGCACCGCGAAAACCGACGGGCUGAUCUCCGAGAACAGCAGCUCCGUCUACAUGGGUGUGGACUACACCAACGUCGCCUCCAGCAGCGGCCGCAAGAGUGUCCGCAUCACCAGCAACAGCGCCUACACCCAUGGCCUCUUCAUCUUGGAUCUGGAGCACAUGCCCGGCGGUAUCUGCGGCACCUGGCCUGCCUUCUGGCUCCUCGGCUCCGACUGGCCCUACAACGGCGAAAUCGACAUCAUCGAGGGCGUGAACCUGCAGACCACCAACGACAUGACCCUCCACACCAGCGAAAACUGCACCAUCAGCGCCGACUCCGGCUUCACCGGCACCCUCUCCACUGACAACUGCUACAUCUACGCCGCCGACCAAUCCUCCAACGCCGGCUGUGGCAUCGACGCCACCAACACUGACACCUACGGCACGGGCUUCAACGCCAACGGCGGCGGCGUCUACGCUACCGAAUGGACCUCCGAGGCCAUCAGCAUCUACUUCUUUGCGCGGGGCAGCAUUCCCUCCGAUAUCACGGAUGGGAGCCCCAAGCCCGCGUCGUGGGGAACCCCCCUCGCCAAGUACAAGGGGAGCUGUGAUAUCGAUGAGCAUUUCUCUGGGAUGCAGAUUAUCUUCGACACCACCUUCUGCGGUGACUGGGCCGGCGCCGUCUGGUCCACCAGCACCUGCGCCUCCAAAGCCAGCACCUGCACCGACUACGUCCAGAACAACCCGUCCGCGUUCAAGGAGGCCUACUGGACCGUCAACUCCCUGAAGGUGUACAAGAGCGAUACCGAUGCCACCAGUGACGCCAAGGCUAGCGCCACUACCAAGAAGGAGACGAAUACCACUGUUACGUCCACCAAGGUGGUUCAUUCCACUGCUACUGCUACCGCCACGGAGAAGGUUCAGGGUCAUCAGCACCGGAGGGCGCAUGGACAUGGACGUGAGUGAGAGUAGGUACUCAGAGUACGUACUCAUAAUGAGUGAGGGACUGAGCUCCAGAUGCUCCUGAUUGGAUCUGGAUGAAGGCGAUGUGAUGUGAUGUGAUGUGAUGGAGUGAGGUGGAUGGAUGUACACGAUAGAUUCGAUACCCUUACCAUUCUCUCGUUUUGACUCGAUCCGAGUUUUCUUUUACUUUACUUGACUUUACUUUACUUGCUUACUUACUUACUU